GCCGGAGCCGGCACCGCGGGGCCAUGGAGAGAAGCACGGUGCUGAUCACGGGCUGCUCCUCGGGCAUCGGCCUCGGCCUGGCCGUGCGCCUGGCGGCCGAUGGCGGCUUCAAAGUGUACGCCACCAUGCGGGACCUGGCCAAGGGCGAGCGGCUGUUGCAGCUCCUCGGGGGCCGCUGCCCCGACACGCUGGAGGUGCUGCAGCUCGACGUGACCGACCCGCGGUCGCUGGAAGCCGCCGCACGCCGGCUGCAGGGGCAGGCGCUGGAUGUGCUGGUUUGCAACGCUGGGGUGGGACUGAUGGGUCCCCUGGAGACCUGCUCGGACCAGGACGUGAAGAACGUGUUUGAUGUGAACCUCUUCGGGGCCAUCCGCACCAUCCGGGCGUUCCUGCCCGCCAUGAAGCGCCGCAGGGCCGGGCGCAUCAUCGUCUCCAGCAGCAUCGGGGGGCUGCAAGGUGGGACCCCCGGCACCCUGCGACCGGGGGAACCGCAGGGGAAGGGCCCCCGGUGCUCAGCCUGCGGCUCUGCCCCAGGGCUGCCCUUCAACUCCGUGUACUGCGCCAGCAAGUUCGCGGUGGAGGGGCUGUGCGAGAGCCUGGCCAUCGUCCUGCGGCCUUUCAACAUCCACCUGACGCUGGUGGAGUGCGGGCCCGUGAACACGAGCUUCCUGAGCAACCUGCGGCGCCCGGACCCCGACGGCAGCGAACUGCAGGGCCUGGACGCCGAGACGCGAGGUCUCUACCGCCGGUACCUCCGGCAUUGCCAGGGGCUCUUCCGCGCCGAGGCCCAGGAGGUGGAGGAGGUCCUGCAGGUGUUCCUGGAGGCCAUGGGCAGCCCCCGUCCCCCCCUGCGCUGCGCCACCACGCAGCUCCUGGCGCCGCUCGCACGGCUCCGCCUGACCGACGGCUCCGCGUACGUCCAGGCCAUGCACGACUUCGUGUUCGGCCGCCGCGAGGCCGGCGGGGACCAGCCCUGACCGGGAG